GAGCUCAACUUCAACCGUGUCGGACAUGGAAUCUGUUUCUCGCUGGAAUUUUUAGUGGGUCGCGGAACAAGUUUUUAAAUAGUUUUUUUUUUUACUCUCUUAUCCCUGAUUUGGUGGCGCGUUUUGGGGGGUAUUUGCGCCGCUAAUUAACGGUACUGCAGUGGGGACACGUGUCAUAACGUAGGUGUGCAAAGGGGGAGGAGAAGGAGCAGUGAACGUUAUUCGGUGAAUUUCGCGCUCGCGAAAAAGUGCUUUUUACUCAAUUUGUGCUGCGGUGGUGAAACUUGCGCGCGCGCGCCAGACAUCGACGAAAUCGAGCAGACCAGCGCCCAAACAGAACAACCACGUGCGAGUUUGGCACGGUGGAGGAGGCUGUGGGGGUGGUGAAAACAUACGCGCUCCCCACAACCCGAUAGAUUGUGCAAAAAGGGAAGAAGCGUAAGAAGCGAGGAGAAGAAGAGUGUGAACAAAAAGUGAGUGUGGGUGGAGAGUUGAGGAGGAAGAAGUUACAAUUUCACUGGAGGCGAGGUACCUGGAACAACCACAACUCUGGAUUACGCGUACGGGGACGAGUUUAAAGGUUCACAGUAUGAGCCAGGCGGGUAUGCGGCCCAGGUACAGCAACGCUCCAACAUGACGCAACGCGAGGGCAUCUACAAGUUCGAGAACGAGCGGAUUAAAACACUCCAGGAAGAGCGGUUGCACAUCCAGAAGAAAACGUUCACAAAAUGGAUGAACUCGUUCCUAGUCAAGGCCAAAAUGGAGGUCGAAGACCUGUUCACCGACCUGGCCGACGGGAUCAAGCUGCUCAAGCUGCUCGAGAUCAUCUCGGGCGAGAAGCUGGGCAAGCCCAACAACGGCCGGAUGCGCGUCCACAAGAUCGAGAACGUCAACAAGAGUUUGGCCUUCCUGCACACUAAGGUUCGUCUCGAGUCCAUCGGAGCGGAAGAUAUCGUCGAUCACAACCCGCGGCUUAUCCUCGGUCUCAUCUGGACGAUCAUCCUGCGGUUCCAGAUCCAGGAGAUCGAAAUCGAUGUGGACGAAGAGAACGAGUCGUCGGAGAAGAAAUCCGCCAAAGAUGCGUUGCUGCUGUGGUGCCAGCGCAAGACCCAGGGCUACCAGAACGUGCACAUCACGGACUUUAGCGGCUCGUGGCGCUCGGGGCUGGGCUUCAACGCGCUCAUCCACUCGCACCGGCCGGACCUGUUCGACUACGGCGGGCUGAUGCCGGGCCGGAACAUCGAGAACCUGAACCACGCGUUCGAGGUGGCGGACCGGGAGCUGGGCAUCCCGAAGCUGCUGGACGCCGAGGACAUCGACACGGCCCGGCCGGACGAGAAGUCGAUCCUGACGUACGUCGCCAGCUACUACCACACCUUUGCCCGCAUGAAGAACGAGCAGAAGGGCGGCAAGCGGAUAGCUAAUAUCGUCAACAAGCUGAUGGACGCCGACAAGAAGAAGAUGCAGUUCGAGAACCUGAUCACGGACCUGCUCAGCUGGAUCCGGACCAAGACGGUCGAGCUGGAGAAGCGCAACUUCCCGAACUCGGUCGAGGGCAUCCAGGGCGAGCUGCUGGCCUUCAAAGAGUACCGUACCAUUGAGAAACCGCCAAAGUACAAGGAGCGAUCGGAGAUCGAAGCGCUGUAUUUCCACGUCAACACGCUGCUCAAGACGCUGCACCAACCGCACUACACGCCCCAGGACGGCAAGAUGAUCAACGACAUCGAGAAGGCGUGGCGCGCGCUGGAAAACGCCGAACACAACCGGGAGGUGGCGCUGCGCGAGGAACUCCUCCGGCAGGAGAAGCUCGAGCAGCUGAACUACAAGUUUGAGAAAAAGUCAGUAUUACGUGAGGGAUACCUGAAGGAGAUGAUCCAGGUGCUGUCGGACCCGCGGUACGGGGCCAACCUGCGCCAGGUUGAUGCGACCGUCAAGAAGCACGAGGCCAUUUCGGCCGACAUUCUGGCGCGAGCCGAUCGUUUCAACGACCUGACGGACAUGUGCAAUGAGCUACACAACGAGAACUACCACGGAAAGCAACAAGUCAAGGAGCGUGAAACUGAGGUCAUUACCAAGUGGAAGGAACUGCUGGAGUUGCUGGAAAACCACAAAAACAAGCUCACGCAGAUGAGUGGGCUUAUGAACCUGCUGCGAGAGAUCGACGCCACGCUGGUUACGAUCCAAGCGUUGAAGGUUCAAUUCGCGUCGGAAGACGUCGGACCGCAUCUGCUUGGAGUGGAAGAGCUGCUGCAGGCCCACUCCCUGCUUGAGCUACAAGUGACCACCCUGGGAGAAACCCAACGGCGUUACAUCCGCCAAGGAGAAGCGUACAAGAAAACCGGAACGAAAGACACCAGCCAACUGGACCAGAAGUUCAGCGAACUGGCCGAGGCGUACAAAGAGCUGCAAGGUUGCAGCGCGGAACGUCGUGCCCGCCUCGACGAGGCACGUGACUUUUACCAAUUCGUCGAAGACCACGAGAACGAAGAGGGAUGGCUGGUCGACAAGCAGCGCAUCUGCAAAGCCGGCAUAACCGCGAAAGACCUGCGAGCAGUCGUAUCUCUCCAGCAGAAGCACAAAGCGCUGGAAGACGAAAUGAAGGUCCGCAAGCCAAAGUCGCUGCAAAUCAAGGAAUCCGGCAAAAAGCUCAUCACGGACAAACACCCGCGUCGAGCGGACGUCCAAGCCAAGAUUGACUCGCUGCAGGAGCACUGGAAGGCUCUGGAAGAGCUGGUCGAAGUGCGCAAGCGGCAGCUAGACGACGCAGCUGAAGCGUACCAGUUCUACGCCGACGCCAACGAGACCGACUCGUGGCUCAACGAAAAGAUGGCUCUGGUCGCGUCCGACGACUACGGAGUGGACGAACCGUCCGCCCAAGCCCUACUGCAGCGUCAUCGUGACCUGCAAGGCGAGCUGAACGCCUACUCGGGAGACAUCCUCAACCUAAACCAACAAGCGGACAAACUCAUCAAGGCAGGAAUCUGCACGCUGGACCUGUCCGCCGAACCCGAACCAGCCCAAGAAAUCGAACAAGAAGAAUGGGUCAACGAGACGCGACUCGUGCCGAAGGAAGUCUGGGAAGAGGAACCCGUCGAAAGACUGGAACACAAAACCGUCACCGAGAACAAGCUGCUGCCCCACGUCCGCUCCCUCUACCCGUUCGACGGCCAGGGCAUGAAGAUGGCCAAAGGCGAGGUCAUGAUCCUGCAGAACAAGACCAACCCCGACUGGUGGAACAUUCGCAAGCUGGACGGAACGGAAGGGUUCGUCCCCGCCAACUACGUCAAAGAAAUUGAAGCCCGACCAGUGCCGUGCCUGAUCCGCAAAGCGGAAAAGGUCAAGGUAAUGCAGAAGGUCAAGAAGACCAUCCUGGUCAAGCAGGUCGUGCCCGUCAAACGGGUACGCCCCGCCAAAGCCAGCCAGGUCAAACCGCUGGUGAAGCGACGCACCGACGGCGACAACACCUCCAUCGACAACAACGACAGCGUCGACAAGCGCCAGAAGCACAUCAACAGCACGUACGACCAGCUGCAGGAGCUGGCCGAACGGCGCCGGGCACUGCUCGAGGAUUCAAUCUGCCUGUUCCGCUUCUACCGCGAGUGUGACGACUUUGAAAAGUGGAUCAAAGACAAGGAGAAGAUGCUCCGCACGGACGACCCCAAAGACAACGUGGAGACGGCGAAGCGGAAGUUUGAAACGUUCCUCACGGAUCUGUCCGCUUCGUCGAAGCGGGUUGAGGCGAUCGACUCCGACGUGGAGGACUUUGUCCGCCAGGGACACUCCCAGCUGGACAAGGUGAAGGCACGCCAGCGCCAGAUCCACCAGAUGUGGGAACAUCUCAACUACCUGAAGGGUCAGAAGGAGAAGAACUUGGAGGGGGCGUCGAGCGUUGAGCUGUUCAACCGAACUUGUGAGGAAGCAAUUGACUGGAUGAACGAGAAGAUGACCCAGCUGGACACCGCCGAGGUCGGUCCGGAUCUCAAGACCGUUCAAGCGCUGCAGAGACGGCAUGAAAAUUUGGAGCGCGAGUUGGCACCGGUUCAGGAGAAGGUAAAUCGAGUUAAUCUACUGGGAAACACGGUCAAGAACUCGUACCCAUCCGAGCGAGACAACGUAACCGACAAGCAGCGUGACAUCCAAGGACUGUGGAAGAAGGUCCAGGAGAAGGCGAAGGAACGACGAUCGCGUCUGGAAAACGCCGUUGGCCAGCAAAUCUUCACCAACAGCACAAAGGCGCUGCUUGCUUGGAUCGAGGGCGUCCACAACCAGCUGAAUGCGGAGGAAACCGCUCGCGACGUCGAGACGGCGGAGAAUCUGCUCAAGAAGCACAACGACCUCGGGGAGGAGAUCAAAACGCACGACGACGAGUUUAAGCAGCUGGCGCAGCUGGGAAAUCAACUGCAGAGUCGCAACCCCAACUUGGUGGACGUCCCGGAGAUGAUCCAGAAGCUGUCCGCCGAACAGGAAGCGGUUCAAGCCGGCUGGUUGGUGAAGGAGAAGAAGCUUCAGCAGUGCAUCGAGCUGCAGGUGUUCAACCGCGAAGCGGACAAGAUUGACGCUACGACGAAGAGUCACGAGGCGUACCUGGAGUACGCCGAUCUCGGUAACUCUCUCGACGAUGUCGAGGCCAUCCUGAAGCGACACACCGAUUUCGAGAAUACGCUCGGAGCGCAGGACAAAAUUCUGCGCAAUUUCUCCGACGGCGCGGACAAGCUGAUCCGUAACAAUCACUACGACGCGAAAUACAUCGCUGAACGGCGCGAUCAAGUGUUGGCGCGACGCGCGAAGGUUAAAGAUUUGGCGCAGAAGCGGCGGAACGCGUUGCAGGCGUCCAAGGACUUCCAGAAGUUCUGCGCCGAUGUGGACGAUUUGAACGCGUGGUUGGCUGAUAAGGCGAAGAUCGCCGGGGAUGAAAGCUACAAGGAUUUGACGAACCUACCUAGGAAGCUGCAGAAGCACAAGGCCUUUGAGCGGGAGUUGCGCGCGAAUGAAGGUCAGCUGCGGACGGUCAACAAGGAGGGUGAAGCACUCAUCAAGACGAACAAUCGAGCGGAGGAGGUCACGCUGAUGCUGGCCGCCGUCAACCAGAAGUGGAAGGAGCUGAACACGUCUUCGCUGGAAAAGGGACGUCGCCUGGAGCAGGCUUCGCUGCAGCGUGAGCACAACCGAUACAUCGAGGACGCCAAGAGCAAGCUGGAAGAGCUGGACGCGGCGCUGCAGAGCAAGCAGGUCGGCAACGAUCUGCGCAGCUGCAAGGACCUGAUGAACAAGCACCAGGUGCUGGAGAACGACAUCAGCAUGUGGGAGCAGAAGGUAGCCGAGCUGGUAACCUCUGGCGAAGAAAUGGCCCACGAGGGACACUUUGACGCGAACAACAUUAAGAACGAGACGAAGAAGAUUCAGAACCAGUUUGCUAACCUGAAGGGACCCGCGGCCAAGAGGCGCGAAGCGCUGGAGGAAAGCUUGCGAUUCCACAAGUUUGUGUUCGAACUGGACGCAGAACUCCAGUGGAUCAACGAGCACUUGCCGGCGGCAAGCUCCGAAGUCAUCGGCCAAAACCUGCACCAAGCUCAAAGCUUGUACAAGAAACACAAGAAAUUGGAAGCGGAGAUCGAGGGUCAUCAGCCGAUGAUCAACCGCACGCUGACUUCCGCGGAAAACCUUAUCAACCAAAAUCACCCGGAAACUGCCCAAGUAAAGGAACUGUGCAACACGCUGGACCUCGCCUGGAACGACCUCCAGUCGAAAGCCACCGAACGUUCCAAAAAACUCGAACUUUCCCUCAAAGCCCAACAAUACCUGUCCGAAGCCGGCGAGAUCGAGACCUGGCUCGGCGAACGCAACAACGUGCUGCGCUCAACCGACUACGGCCGUGAUCGCGACUCUGCCACCAAACUGCUCACCAAGCACAAAGCCAUCGAGCUGGAGCUGGACACGUACUCGGGCAUCAUGUCCGAGAUGGGUCACGCCGCGUCGGCGAUGGUCGCGGCCAAACACCCGGACAGCAAGAUGAUCGCCGCCAAGCAGCAGCUGAUCGAGAAGAUGCUCAAAUCGCUGCAAAAACUGGCCGCCCAGCGGCAGCUGCGCCUGAUGGAGAGCCUCUACCGGCACGAGUACUUUAUGGAGUCGGCCGACCUGGAGCAGUGGAUCAAGGAGCAGGAGCAGGCCGUCAACUCGGAGGACUACGGCCAUGAUUAUGAACACUUAUUGAUCUUGAAGAACAAGUUUGACGACCUGAAGCAUCGCAUCGAAGUCGGGGCGGAACGGUUCAACCAGUGUGAAGAGUUCGCCAAAAAGCUUAUCGGCGGCGACAGCCCGUACGUGGCAGAGAUUGAGAAGCGGCAGGAACAACUAAGUGGAAAGGACCGCGUGUACACCGAGGCCCAACUGGAUGUCGUUGAACGGCACGAUCAAGUUUGCAACUGCUGGCAAAAUCUGCUAAAGCAACUGGCUGCACGGGAGAAGAAACUGCAUGCAGCUGGAGAAAUUCACCGAUUCCACCGAGAUGCGGCCGAGGCUUUGUUCCGGAUUCAGGACAAAAACGCCGCCCUCUCAACCGAACUCGGCAAGGACCUCAACUCAGCCCUCGCCCUGGCCCGCAAGCACGAAGCGUUCGAAAACGAACUGGUCGCUCUCGAGGCCCAACUUCAAUUCCUGGUAGACGACUCCCUCCGCCUGCAGGCCAAAUAUCCCGGCGACAACGCCAAGGCCAUCGCGGCCGAGCAGGAAAACGUCAUCCAGGCGUGGAACGUGCUCAAGGAAAAGUCCGCCCUGCGCAACGAUCAACUGCAGGCCAGCUGCGAUCUACAGCACUUUUUAACGCAAGUCCGUGACCUGAUGUCCUGGGCGACGAACCUGCGAGCUGCGUUGCAAGCCGAGGAGCACGUCAGCGAUGCUACGGGAGCGACCGCGCUCAAGAUUCAACACGAUGCUAUUUAUGGUGAGAUUGAGGCGAGGGAGGAAACGUUCCGCUAUUUGAAUGAGUUGAGCGAUUCGAUGGUUCAGACGGGACACUACGCCGCGACUGAGGUUGAGGAGAAGUGUUCUGCGUUGUUGGAUGAGCGGGCCAAGCUGCACUCGGCGUAUAACAAGAAGAAGAUACUGCUGGAGCAGAAGAUUGACUUGUUCUGCUUUAUGCGGGACGCGAAGGUGAUUGACAAUUUGAGCAGUGGCCAGGAGGCGGCGCUUUCUAGCUCGGACUUUGGGCAGACCGUUGAGGUUGUGCAGGAUCAGGUGAAGAAGCAUGACGCGUUUGAGAAGUUGAUUCAAACUCAAGACGAGAAGGUGAUGAUUCUGCAGGACCAUGGAAGGAAGUUGGUGGAGCAGAACCAUUACGAUAGUGAGAAUAUCCGGAGGAGACUGCGGGAGAUCGUUGAACGACGACAGAAGAUUAAGGAGUUGUGUGCGCUGCGACGGCAGAAGCUUCAAAAUGCGCUGCUUUACGCGCAGUUUAUUAGGGACUGUGCGGAAGCUGGUGCGUGGAUCAACGAGAAGCAGAAAAAGCUGGAGGCAGAUGCGAGCGGCUUCGCCGAUGUGACGAAUAUGGAAGACAAGGUGAAGAAGCUGCAGAAGCACCAGGCGUUCCAAGCGGAAGUGGCCGCUAAUGAGGGUCGUAUCAAAGAGGUUAAUCAGAAAGGACAGACAUUGAUUGCGAAGCGACACGAGUGCGCUCCGGAGAUUGAGGAGGAGGUACGUAAGCUGAGCGAGUCGUGGAAUGUUCUGCUGAAUGAGGUUGCGUCUCGUGGACGUGGGUUAGAGGAGGCGCAGGACAUUUUGGAGUUCAACAGUCAGCUCGACAAACUGGAGGCCUGGAUCCGCGACAAGGAGAUGAUGGUGCACGCGAGUGACACCGGACGUGAUCUGGAGCACUGCAACGCACUGAAGCGCAAGCUGGACGACGUCGAUUCGGAUAUGCGGGUUGACGAUCAACGAAUCAAAACCAUCAACGUGUUGGCAGACAAGUUGCUGACCCAGGAAAAGGCCCCGAACGAGGCGAAGAACGUGCAGCAGCGGAGGAACAACUUCAACAACAAGUGGAAGUCGCUGCAGGGCGCCCUCAACAAGUACCGCGAGCUGCUGGACGGAGCGUACGAGAUCCACGUGUUCAACCGGGAUGUGGAUGACACCGCGGAACGCAUCGGCGAAAAGCAGCUGGCGAUGAGUGUGGACGACACCGGCCGGGACCUGAACGCGGUCGAAUCGCUGAAGCGCAAGCAGGACGCCAUGGAGCGUGACAUGACGGCGGUUCAGCAGAAGAUUUCCGAACACGAGCGCGGUGCCAGCACUCUGGUCGAGAAAUACCCCGACAAUGCGGUUAACAUCGAGGAGAAGCUGGUCGAGCUGAAACGCCAGUGGAACAACCUGCAGGAGGCGAGCGUGCUGCGAGCGGACGCGCUGGACAAUGGGUACACCGCGCACAAGUUCACCGCCGACGUGAAAGAGCUCGAACUGUGGACGAACGAAAUCAUCAAGAAGAUGGACUCGGUGGCGAAUCCGACCACGAUCGCCGAGUGCCAGGCGCAGAUUCAGCUGCACCAGGAGCGGAAGGCCGAAAUCGAUGGGAGGGAUAAGAUUUACAAGGCUUUGCAGGAGCACGGCGAGCGGUUGGUGGCGGAGAACAAAGCGAAAGGAAUCAAGAACGAUUACGUGGAGAAGGCGCUGCGCCAGCUGGAGGAUUUGAACAAACACCUGCACGACUCGUGGAAGGGCAAGGAUCGUGGGCUCAAGGAGGCGCACCAGCUGCAGCAGUUCAAGGAGCAAGCUGAUCAGAUUGAAAUCUGGCUUGCGAAUAAGGAGGCCUUCUUGAACAAUGACGACCUUGGGGAGUCGUUCACGGCGGUGGACGCACUGAUCAAGAAGCACGAAGGAUUCGAGAAGCUGCUCGCUUCCAGCCGGACGGAAGACUUGGAGAAGUUUGCGGAGGAAAUCCUGGCGGAAAGUCCGUUCGAAGCCGACGUCAUCAAGCAACGAUUGUGCUCCGUACUAGCAAGGAAGGAGAAACUCCUCGCUUCGUCCGCUACGCGGAAGCAAAAGCUGCACGAGUCGCUGCAGCUGCAGCAGUUCCUGCGAGGUCUGUACGAGGUUGCCAAGUGGAUCUCGCAAAAGAUGCAGGUUGCGCUGGACGAAAACUACCGCGAGCCGAGCAACUUGCAGAGCAAGAUCCAGAAGCACACUGCCUUUGAUGCGGAGCUGGGGGCCAACUCGAGUCGCGUGACGGCGAUUAUUGAAGAGGGCGAAACGCUGAUCAACGCCGAGCACUACGCGAGCGCGCUGGUGCAGGAACAGCUGGACAUUCUGGAGGCGGAUUGGCAAAAGUUGCGGGAAGCUUCCCGGGAGAAGAAGGAGCGGCUGGGUGAGGCGUACGAGGCUCGGAUGUUCGAGCGGCACCUGGAUGACUUUAACAACUGGAUGGACGAGGUCGAGCAGCAGCUGUCUUCCGAGGACUACGGUCGCGAUCUGGCGUCCGUCAACAAUCUGCUCAAGAAGCACGAAAUGCUGGAAGCUGAUGUUGCUCAUCAUUUGGAGACCUGCGAGCAGACAAAGGCCACCGACGAUCGGUUCCUAGCAUCCGACCACUUCAUGAAAGACGAACUGCACGAAAGUGCCAUGUUGACGAUCAAGCGGUAUCACUCGCUGCACGAACCAACCACAAUCCGGCGGGACAAUCUGGAAGAUUCCCUGCAGCUGCACCAGUUCCUGCGGGACGCCGAAGACGAGCUGUCCUGGCUGAACGAGAAGGAACCGCUGGCCGCGUCCAAAGACCUCGGCAACAGCCUGACCGCCGUGCAGAGUCUACAGAAGAAGCACCAAGCGCUGGAGGCGGAAAUCCUGUCCCAAGAACCGACCAUCUCCGCGCUGAUCCAGCGCGGUCAGCAAAUGAUCCGCGACAACCACUACGCGGUGGAACAAAUCGAAACGCAGUCCAACCUGCUGCAGCAAAAGCUGAUCAACCUGAGAAAUCAGACGAACGUGCGCCGACUGCGGCUGCUGGACGCCGUCGAGAGUCAGCAGUUUUACGCCGAAGCGAACGAGGCGGAGUCGUGGCUGCGCGAGAAGAAACCGAUCAUUUCUUCGCACGACUACGGGAAGGACGAGGACUCGGUGAGUUCGCUGCAGAAGAAGCUGGACGCGUUGCAGCGGGAGCUGACGGCGUUCCGUCCGACGGUGGAGAAGAUUGACAAGUUGGCUGGGGGGCUGCAGGAGCGGGGCCACUUUGACAGUGAGAAGAUCAAGACGAAGAACGACAAGAUUCAGUAUCAGUUCCAGGAGUUGAACCGGUUGGCCGGGGAGCGGGAGAAGAAGCUGGCCGAGACGAAGAAGCUGUUUGAGUUUAUCCGGGAGAUUGACGAUCUGCAGGAGUGGAUCGAUAUGCAGAUGACGACGGCGGGGUCGGAGGAGUACGGGACGGACGUUGAGCACGUUGAGCAGUUGACGACGCAGUUUGAGUCGUUUGUGUCGAACAUUAAUGCGAACGAAGCCCGCGUGAAUGCGUGCGUUGCGAAGGGGAAAUCUUUGUUGAAUGAGGGCAAUCCCAACAAAGACCUGAUCAAGGCGAAACGUGACGAAACGAAGCAGCUGUGGGAGGAGCUGAAGGAUUUGGUGAUUGCUCGGCAGGAAGCGUUAGCUGGGGCCAAGCAGGUUCACCUGUUUGAUCGUACCGCGGACGAAACGAUCAGCUGGAUUAAUGAGAAAAUUUCCGCCGUCCUGUCGGAGGAUUACGGCCACGAUCUGGAGACGAUCCAGGCGUUGGUGCGAACGCACGAGAGCUUCGAAGCCGAACUCGGUGCGAUCAAGGAGCAGCUCGAGUCGGUCGUGAGUGAAGCACAGAAGCUGGGCGAUACCUUCCCCGAUGCCAAAGAACACAUCGAAGUGAAGCGGGACGAAACGAUCGAGGCGUGGUCCGAGCUGAAGGAGAAGACGAUCCAGCGCAAGGAGAAGCUCAUGCAGGCGGAGCAGCUGCAGGCGUACUUUGACGAGUACCGGGAUCUGAUGGCGUGGAUCAACGAGAUGUUGGCGCGCAUUACGGCGCCGGAUCUGGCAAAGGACGUUGCUGGGGCGGAAGCGUUGAUCGCUAAAAUUAAGGAACACCGGACUGAGGUGGAUUCGCGCAGUGAGGCGUUCGAGACGUUCUACAAAACCGGAUCGAAGCUGAUCAAGGAUGGACAUUUCUUGGCGAACGAGGUUCAGGAGAAGAUUGCCGUGUUGAAUCAGCGGAAACGCUUGCUAGACAACACGAUCCUCCAGCGGGCCGAGAUCUACGAGCUCAACUUGGACACGCAGAUCUUCCUGAAGGAGGCGGAAGUGAUCGAGAGCUGGAUCAUUUCGCGACAGGUUCAGCUGAAGGACGGCAAGCUGGGCGAGUCCAUUGCCCAGGUGGAGGACCUGCUUCGAAAGCACGAGGACUUUGAGAAGACCGUCGCCGCCCAGGAGGAGAAGGUCCUGGCGCUGAAGCGGAUCACCCUGCUGGAGCAAAAGUUCAAGCGACAGCUGGAGGCCGAACAGGCCGCACGUGUCGCCGAGAAGGAACGCGUCGAGCGCGAACGCCACGAAGCACUCAAGCAAAAGGAAGUGCAGCGAAUAACCGAGGAACGUCGUCGGCACGACGUCAACUCGUCGCCGUCGGUCGUGAACGGCUACUCGGGCGGUACGCCCAACAACAAGUCCGCCACCUCUAGUCAUCUAUCGCCAGCUUCGGCAGCUUCCGCUGUCGCCGUCGGCGGAUUCUCCAAGGAAGCGCCCGAAGUGUCCCCGGUGCAAAAGUCCAACUCGUUCGCCACGAUGCUGCAGGAGCGGCUUCGCCGGGGCUCCGAGGGUAACAUCAAGCGGGCCGAGAGCAUGAAGAUCGGCCCGAAGCCGGCCAAGCGGACGCCGUCGUUCACCACCAGGAGGCGCGCGCAGAGCUUCCGCAAGAAUCAACGCGGCAGUGACAGUACCGAGUCGGACCUGCCUCCGGUGGAGAUGCAGGGCAUGCUCGAGCGCAAGCACGAACUCCAGUCGGGAGGCAAGAAGGCCCCGGUGCGGUCGUGGAAGCCCUUCUACACCGUACUGUGCGGACAGCUGCUGUGCUUCUUCAAGGACGUGGAGGACUUCUCCCAGAAGAAGGCCGCCACCGCUCCGGUGAACAUCCUGAACGCCAAGUGCGAUCGCGCCGAAGACUACACCAAGAAGAAGAACGUCUUCCGGCUGGUCCUGCUGGACGGGUCCGAGUUCCUAUUCCUGACCGGCUCGAAGGAAUCCAUGAACGAGUGGAUCAACAAGAUCGCGUUCCACGCCGCCCUCCCGCCAAACCUGCAGCUGAUGAGCUACGACGAGUCCGUCAAGCAAUCCCCCGGCCUCCAGAUCAACCCCGCCAGCCCCAUCCUGGACCGUAGCGACGCCAACUCGUCCAUCAGCUCGCGAACCUCGUCGCCCGACUCGCAGCGACGGGACUCGCGCGCCUCCCUCAGCAGUGCCAAAUCCGGCGGCUCCGGUAGUAACGCUAGUAGCGGCUUGCAAACCCCCCAGAUCAACUUCCUGCAGAAGCAGAAGGAGCUGCGCGAGCUGGAGAAUCAGCAACGAUUGUCCCAGCAACAGCAGCAGCAGCAAAUGAGCCCGACGGGAGGCCCGACGCAAGAGUUUUACGGACUGGCGGACAAGCCGCCGAUACCGCCGAGGGGGGUGCCACCGCCGGUGCCUCAGCGGCAGUCCAGCAACGAGAACGUGCUGAACAACAACAACCCCAACGGCGGUACAGUACAAAUCCGGCCCAAGACGAGUAGUGGGAGCAGUGGCAGUUUCAACGGAAAUGACUACGACAACGGCAACUACUCGACGCCCACCAACAACACCACGCGGCCCUUCUCGUACCAGCCAAAUGCGACAGCCGGCCGUGGAACCGUGCCCCAAAACGGCUCCAACAACAACAACAACGGAAAUGGCAACGGCAACGGCGAGGACGUCUGGCUGCGCCACAGUGAAGUGCGAACAUCGGACAACCCUCCACCGCCAUUGCCAGCCACGUCGCCCCCGUUGAGUACGUUUUCCCCGUUGAAGCCGCCCUCCGGCUAUCAGCACCAACACCAGCACCAGCAUCAUCACCAACAACCGAAACAACAGAACCAGAACCUCCAGGACCAGUUUAUCAAGCGGGAACGGGAGCAAGUCGUCAACAGUUUGUACGCCGGUAGCACCAACAGCAGCGGCAGCAGCUACCUCAAGAUGAACGGACCGACCAACAACGGAACCAACAAUGUCGUAGCCUCGAGGACCACGUGGCACCACCAUAUGCCACCGCCACCACCACCGGUGGCGCCGGGAUCGAACGGACAGGACUACGCCCAACAUCAUCACCAUCACCAUCAGCAGCAGCAGCAGAUGGCGAUGAACAACGGCAGCAACACCUUCGGCAACAACAUCAACCUCGUGGACGGAUACACUUCCGGCUGGGGUCAGUCACGCCACGAACCCACGCGGCCGGCAUCCCUGCCGAUGGGCCCGGGCAGCAGCGCCAAUGCCAACGUCACCGUCACCAGCCCAUCCGCGGACAUCUCCGGGCUGAUGCUGGGCGGUGGCCGCCACUCGCACACCGGCCAAUCGGCGGAGAGUUCCAGCGAAAGCGAGGCCAGCUUCAUCAAGGGCAUGGGCGGAAACGGCGCCGGCAAGGACGCCAAGGACAAAAAGGCCGGCAGCGGAGUGUUCCGGAUAUUCUCCAAGAAAAAGUCCAAGAAUCACAACUAGUGAGGGGGCAGCUGCAGAAUUGUUGUUUGUUUGUAAAGUAGACUAUACUAUUGGAAGCGAAAGCGAUUUUUUUUGUAUAAUUGUUUUUUACCUAUACGAGUUGCAACGUAAAAAAAGUGGAAGAUUGUUUGACACUUGUUUUUCAACAGCCCAACAUUGUUUGUUUUAUUUAAGCACGUAAUAUAAUUUUAUAACGCAACUAGAAGCAGCUCAUUUAAUCCGACCACUGAUGCAAUUAAAUCACCGUUAAAUCUUCACGUUUCAUAACUGGCAAUGUUAGAAGUUUGAGCAAAAGACAGCGAGCGAAUUAUUAGGAAUCUAUUUAUAAUAAAAUAAAAGGCAGAAUUUUAUCGGUAAUGUGUAAUAUAUAACGUUCUAUACAACAAUUGAACAACUUAAAUUUAUUCAACACACGUUUAGAAAUCGCAGUAGUGAAAAGUUUGAGACAAUAGUUCGAGGAAAAGAAUUAAAUUAUAAAGCAACAAAAAUAGUCGGUAUCAAUAAUCGAACAGCAAGAGGUAGUUAUUAUAUUUGUUAAACUUUUGAAUAAAUGCGUAAGUUAAGUCAAAUAUGGUUCAAUAAAAUAUGAAAUAUUCUAAAA